AUGGUGCCCCCCAAUCCUGAGCCGGUGCCCUGUACGGGCACCGGCCGCGAUACGGCAGCACCUGUCCCUGUCGCGACGCUCACGUCACAAGAUCUCGCCGAGGCCACCGAAGAUGCAGCACACGAAGAAGGGCGCAGCGACAACGUCUGCAAAAGGUUUCUACGCUGGGUGCUCUCCUUCGCGGUGUGUAUCCCAGACUUUCCUCUCAUGGCUUAUUGGGUUCCCGGAUUGGGCAUGUAUUCCGAAGCCUAUUUUGUGUUUGCCAUUGGGAACCUGAAGCCCAUCUUCAAGGCUCUGUACCCCGAGUGCUGGGUCACCUUCCAGACAUGCAGCCCCAACCUGUCAGACUCCAUCAACUACUCCCAGAUCUCCGGCAUCAUCGCCGGCCAGCUGAUCAUCGGUUUCCUGGCCGAUCGCCUGGGCCGGCGUGCAGGAUCCAUCCUCACCGCCUCCAUCAUGCUCCUGUUUGGCAUCCUGAUAACCGCCUCCUCGGGCUCCAACUCCGGCAACCUGUUCAUCAUGUUCACCGUGGUCCAGGCCCUGUUUGGCGUCGGCCUGGGCGGUGAAUUUCCCGUAGCCUCCGCCUCGGCCAACGAGCGCGCGGAGCAGACCAAGCACCUGCAGAACAAGCGCGGGGAGACGGUGGUCCUGGUCUUUUCCAUGCAGGGCUGGGGCAACCUGUUCAACACCAUGAUCAUCCUGGCCUGCAUGGCCGGAUUCGGCCAGUACGCCCCGCCCUACAGCCCCUACGCGCUGGAGGUGACCUGGCGCCUGUCCUAUGCGCUGGGCCUGCCCCCCCUCCUCUUCAUCUUCUACUACCGUGUCUUCAGGCUGCGGGAGUCCACCGUCUGGCGCCAGAAGCGCGAGUCGCUGAAGCUGAUGGGGCGCGAUGCGCAAUGGACGCCGCGCAAGACGCGGCUCCUCCUGCGCCACUACUGGCACCGCCUGGUGGGGACCAGCCUCUCCUGGUUCGUCUGGGACUUUGCCUACUACGGCAACAAGCUCUUCCAGUCCACCUUCAUCGAGGUGAUCCACCCGGGGGCGGGGCUCCUGGCGGUGCUGGAGUGGACCCUGCUGAACAGCGGCGUGGCCCUGGUCGGCCUCUACUGCGCCGCCUUCACCAUCGACAAGACGUGGAUGGGGCGCAAGCGCAUGCAGGCCAUGGGCUUCUGGUGGAUGUGCGUCCUCUUUCUGGCCUGCGCGGGCGCCUACCACAAGCUGCUGGAGCCCGCCAACCUCCCCGUCUUCCAGUUCCUCUACUACUUCUCCUCCUUCUGGGGCCAGUUUGGCCCCAACGCCACCACCUGGCUCCUCCCUGCUGAGACCAUCCCCACCGAGGCGCGGUCCAUGUGCCACGGCAUCGCUGCCGCGGUGGGCAAGGUGGGCGCCCUCCUCGCAGGUGUGGUGUUCAGCCUGGUGGACGACCGCUCCAAGUUCUGGAUCUCAGGCGUGUGCAGCGCCGCAGGCGUCCUCCUCACCUUCCUCCUGGUUCCAAACUUGACGGGGCUGGACCUGAAGGAGGGGGACAAGCGCUGGCUCGCCAUCGUCGAUGGCAAGGCGGAUGAGUACACAGGUCCCGCCAUAGCAGCCAAGCACCUGUCCCUGCUGGAAAGGACGGUGUAUCGCCACCAGGCGAGGUAUGUGUCUCCCUUGAUGGAGAUGGUCCAGGCGCCAGGCGGCGAGAAGGCAGCGGGCGGACCACCAGGCAUGGCCUAG